AUGCUAGCGAAAAGAAAGGACAUCCUCAUUUUCGAGAAAUGGUGUUAUGUCAACAAAGAGAGACAACGAAAAAUGAAACAAAAGAAAAGAAGAAAAUUGCUAAAAUGGAAAUAUUUGUAUAGUGAAAAUACGAAUAAUAAAGCUCGCAAUUUAAAAAAAAAAAAAACCUUAGUAUGCAAGGUAAGUAGAAUUGUAGACUCUUAUUUAAAAAGAAAUGUAACAAGAAACAAUAGCCGUAAACGUAUUUUAAGGAUAAAAAGAUUAAAAAAGAUGAAGAGAAAUAGUGAGACUGAUAAAAAAGGAAGCAGUGUGGAUGCAAAUAUAAAAUUGUUACAACGCAGAAUGGAACUUGUAAAGUUGUUAUUACUACGAGAGAAAUUUUCAUAUUUAAAUUAUAAGCCAAAUAAGAGUUAUGAUGAAAAAAAUUUUUACAGUGAUUCAACAUCGGCAUCGUCAAAAGGGUUUGUAGAGUACAUAGAUAAAGGAGGUAAUAAUGGGAGUAGCAAUAAUUUUGAGUACAGCAACGAUAGUAGUAAUGGAGGUGGUCAUAAUGUUAAUCAUAUUGGCUGGAAAAAAUGGGAAAAGAGUUUCAUAAAUGGAAAACAAAGAAGUUUUGACUAUGUAAAUCAGGUAAAUUGCAGUAGAAGUGUUGAAGUGCAUACUUUAUUUACUUUCUUCUGCACAAAACUAAAAGUGAAAGAUAAAGAGUAUUUUAAAAAUAAAAAUAUGCUACAUAAAAUUCCAUUAAAGAAAAAUGACUUUAUUAAGGUUCAGAGUAGCAAAGAGUACUCUACCAAACUGAGUAAUGAGUACAUACCUAAGAAUAAGGAAAAAGUAUUAAAUGAUAUAAGAGGUAGUCCUAAUAAAGCUCCACCUUAUAAAAAUUACAACAAUAGUCAUAGUAAUAUGAACAAUGCAUAUAAUAAUUGUAAUAAUAAUAAUUGUGUAAAUGAUGGAAAUGACAAUAGUAGCGAAUAUAAGGAAAACGUACAUUAUGAGGAUGUUGGUAAUAACGUAAUUACAAAUGCUUGUAAUAAAGAAGAGCAAGAUGUGAAUAAUGUUAAAGAAGCUGAGAUUAAUGAAGAUCAGUUUGCAGAUGAAUUUGAAUUCGAUGAUUUUGAUAGCGAAGGGAAUAGAAAAGAGAAAACUUAUUACACAGACAGGUGUAUGUUAGAUAAGAGCGUAAAAAGAGAGUCCAUAUUGGACAAGUUAAACUUAGGAUUGGAUGAUAAAAAAAGUUCUACAGGUAAAAAUGAACAAGCAAUGAGAAAUAAAAUGUCUAAUGGUAAAGGUACCCCCACAAUCUCUAUGUCAACCAGUGAUAAAAAGGAGCAAAUAACAAAUAAGCUAUAUAGUGCGAAAAGUGGAAUUAGUCCUUCUAACAUUCCCGUGGAGAAAAGAGAGAAAGAAAAUCUAAAAAAGGAAGUUGAAGAUGUAAAAAAUGAACCUAAUAAAGAAAAAAUGUUACAUAUGAAAAAUAAUGGUAAAAUGGGAAGGAUACAAAAAAGUAAUAAUAACAUGAAACAUUCAAUACAACAUGAUAAAAUGUUCCCCCCUAAGAAGGGACCCAAUAAGAAUUAUCCCUUACAAGAAGUUCAGUUAGAAGAUAAACAAAAGCAUCUUAUUGAAAACCCAUUGAAUAGUCAAGAAAAUAUCCCAAUAAAAGGGCAAAUGGGGUAUGACAUGAAAGGGAAAAUGGGUUAUAAUAAGAACAGCCAAAUGGGUUAUAAUAUGAACAACCAAGUUGGAUACAAUAUGAUGAACGGCUAUAUGGGGUACGAUAUGAACAACCAUAUGGGAUACGACAUAAGCGGAUAUAUGGAUUAUAGUAUGAACAGCCAAAUGGGUCAUAAUAUGAACAGCCAAAUGGGUCAUAAUAUGAACAGCCAAAUGGGUCAUAAUAUGAACAGCCAAAUGGGUCAUAAUAUGAACGGCCAAAUGGGUCAUAAUUUGAACAGCCAAAUUGGCUAUACCGUGAGUAAUGCACCAAAUUACCUAAUGAACAGUACUGCUAACUGGCAGUUGAAUAACCCCAUGAAUAUGUCAACACAAGUCUGCAACAUUUCUACCCCGUUUCCCUUAGGAAAUGGUAAUGAAAACUUAAUGAAUAAUGAAAUAGCAAACUAUUAUUCUAAUUUUGGAAGCUAUAAUAAUAAUAAUGAUAUUAAUGAAAAUAGUGGUGGUGAUAACCAAAUGAUUACAUGUGGUGAGGAGAUUAAAAAUAUGAGUUUGAAUAAUAAAAAUUUAGUCUUAUAUAAUAAGGGUAAAUUAAAAUAUGAUGAAGAUUUUACUUUAAAUUACAUCCUUCAAAAAUGUGAAGACGAUGACAAGUUUUUUUGUAGCAAUUAUAAUGAUAACUACAAUAGCAAUAAUAAUAGUGGUAAUAAUAAUUUUGACGCUUUAGAAAAUGUAGAUGAAAAAAGAGGCGAGCUAAGAAGGUAUACCAAUGGAAUGAAUAGGCUCGUAGAACAAAUGUAUUUUUACGACAACUUUUAUGAUGAGUAUAAAAUAUGCGAUGAAAAAACAAAGUCUUCGAGCAGUUUUCAAAAUAUUGUUGACACUUCUUUAAAUUUGAAUGUUCAUGAUGAGAAUAGUGAACGGGUAGGAGAUAACCAAGAGAGUAAACAGUUAAUUUCCAAAAUGGAAUUAAAAAUAAAUGAGAUCGAAAAAAAUAUAAAAGAAUUAAAGGGUAAGGAAAAAACGAAUGGACAACUUGUAAAUAAUGAUGAGGAUAAUGAUGAUGAUGAUGAUGAGAAAAAAAAAAAAAAAAAAAAAAACAAUGAUAUCACUACCGAUGGAAGGAAAUCAAAAAAUGAUACGAUCAUAAAUAAGCUGAAAAAGGAAAUUGAGAAAAUUAAGAGGGAAAAUAUGAAGAACAAAAAAAAGAAGAAGAAGAAAGAUUCGAAAAUUAAAAAGAGAGGGGAAGAAGAGGGGGGAGAAAACCACACGAAAGAAAUCAUAGGAAAGGAAGAUGUUGCACGAGAUAUGGACAAAGGAGUAGACAAAGAUGCGGAAGGAUGUGCGAACGGAAGUGAACAGGGGAAAAAUAAUAACUUCCUUAUAGACAACCUAAUUAACACUGAGAACUUAAAUAAUUUAAAGAGUGAAAUAAUGAAUAAUGUGUACUAUUAUAUAUACGAAUCAUAUGACCAGAAGGAUUAUGAAAUUUUAGAAAAUCUAGCUAAAAAACAUGAAAUAAAAGGAAGAAAAAUAACUUAUAAUGUUAAUUUACCCAAAUACAAUUUUCAUGAUAAAAGAACAUCAAGUGCUUGGUUUCUAAACCCACAAUAUGAAAAUUAUAUGAUAGAAAAAAAGAAAACAAGAAAAAAAGAGUAUUCCUCAUCAACAUAUGAAAUGAUAGAAUUUCUAUUCAAUGAUAAAGAAAUUAAUAUGGACCCUAAAAAAAUAGAAGAAAAUAAAAGUGCACUUAUAUCAGAUAUUAGAGACAGCGAUUUCUCGUAUGAAAGUUUUAUAAGUGAAAAAAAGAAAAAGUUGAAAAGAAAUAAAAUAGAUUUAAUUAAAAUGAAAAAUACCAUUAUUUUCAAAAAAGGACGGAGUAUUAAGUUAGAAAAAAAUGAACUAAAGCAAAAUUCGAAUAACGGUAUAGUAAACACAACAGGUGAGUGCAAACAAGAGGGAGGGCAAGGGGAGGGGAAAACACCUGGUGAACCUCAACAGGUGGAAGAACAACCAAGGAAGGACCACAGUGAAAAUGAUUUGUUUGGAACAAUUAACAAUUAUGUACCUGAUAUGUCCCUAUUCGAUAUUUUUAAUAUCGUUACGGAUGAGGAGGAUAAGUACAGCAAAAAUGGAAAAGAGGUUGUACCCUGUGUAGAUGUGAUACAAGUUCAGACAGAAGAGGACGAUAAGGAAGUAACGGAUGGCAAGGAAGUGGUGGAUGGAAAGAAAGCGGUGGGUGACAAGGGAAUAAACACCGAAGGGAAAGUUACUGAUGACAAGGAUGUAGACGUCGAGAGGGAAGCCGCUGUUAACAAUGAAAUAGAAAAAAAGAAGAGAGAAAAAGAGCUCCUAGAACUAGAAAUAGAGAAUAUAAAAAAGAAAAAGGAGUUAGAAGAGUUAGAACUGCAACUAAUAGAAAAUAAAAAAAAAAAAGUUUUAGCUAUGAAAUCCACAGAUGACAGGGAAAAAGAAACGAAUUCAAAAAAGGAGAGAAUACAAACAAAAGAGAGCAUACACACAAAAGAGGAUGCAAGUGAGGAUAAGAUAAAUAAGGAGGAGGAAGACAGUAAAGGGUGUGACAAAAUCUCGAAUGAAAUGAGUGAGCAACAGAGGGAAAAUGCUGUCGAGGUGAAAGAUAACAAAAUUGUGGAAGAAAAGAAAAAUAAAACAAGCGAAUCUCUAUCACUACAAGAAAAUGAAAUUAAUGAUUGCUUGAAUGAUUAUAUAAAACAAAAAAAAAAGAAGGAAAAAAAAAAAAACAGUUGGGCCAUGUAUGGUAGACCUAAGGUUAAAAGAGAAAGAAACAAUAUUUUGAGAAAAAUGUCCACUUCAAAAAGUUUUGAUGUAUUUGAUAAGUACACUUAUUAUGCUGAAAGAUUUUUCGAAAUUGUCACAGGAUAUAAUAGUGAACCAGAUAAUUUUUCCCAUUACAGUGAGAAGGAAGAUAGUAUAAAGGAAGUUAGCACAGAGGAUAAUAAGAAUAAAAAUAUUGGUAAUGGUAAUAAUAAUGAUAACGGUAAUAUCAAUAGUAACAGUAAUAGUAAAUGUAAUAAUAAAAGUAAACAAGAAGAGUGGUGUAAAUCUAAUGGAUAUAAAAUGGACAUUCAUAAUAUAGGAGAAAAAAUAAAAAAGAAUAUUAAUGAAAAUUAUGAUUUUUAUCUAUUGGGUAGACCAAAAUAUGAAAAAAGGAAUAAUUAUCAUAAAUCUAAAUCUACUACUCAUAAUACUAUUUUAAAAAAAAAUGGUAUAAAAACGAAAAAAAAAAAAAAAAAAAUUUCUUUAAAUAGAUCUAUUUCACAAAAUAAGCUUUCCAAAAUUGACCAGUUCAAUAUAGGUGUUAUAGAAAGCACAAAAUUAAAGUUAAAGGAAAAAAUAGAGCAAAAAAAUAAUUAUUCAUUUGUCCGUAAUAUUAUGGGCAAAAAUUUGCAAAAAUACAAUUUAAUCAAUGAUGAAGAAAGGGUAAAAAACGUCGAUUUGAAAUUUAAAAGGAAAAUGAUAUAUGAGGCAUUGGAUGACACUGAUUUUGUUGGAGACUUGGAUGAAAUAAGGAAAGAAAAUUUUGAAGAAAUGCAUAUUAAAAAUGGUUCUUUUUGUGAAAAGCGUGGUGAGUCUGAGUUAUUGGCGUACAGGAGAGAAAAUAUAAACCAACUGAGCAAAAAGGAAGAGGUGAGAAGGUUAGAAGAGAUUAAGUGGGUGGAGGAAAUGAAGCAGGUGGAAGAAAUGAAGCGAAUGGAAGAGGUGAAGCGAGUUGAGGAUAUAAGAAGAAAAAAGGAGUUAAGAGAGUUAGAAGAAAAGAGAAUGGCCAAGGCAAUGCAGGAAGAAAUGAAGCGGAUAGAAGAAGCGAAAAGGGUGGAAGAAGCGAAAAGGGUGGAAGAAGUGAAAAGGGUGGAAGAAGCGAAAAGGGUGGAAGAAGCGAAAAGGGUGGAAGAAGCGAAAAGGGUGGAAGAAGCGAAAAGGGUGGAAGAAGCGAAAAGGGUGGAAGAAGCGAAAAGGGUGGAAGAAGCAAAAAGGAUGGAAGAAAAGAGGGUACAAGAAAUGAAAAGACAGGAAGAAAAAAGAAGACGGGAAGAGAUAAAAAGACGGGAAGAGAUAAAAAGACAGGAAGAGAUAAAAAGACGGGAAGAGAUAAAAAGACGGGAAGAAAAAAGAAGACGGGAGGAGAUAAAAAGACAGGAAGAGGUAAAAAGAUUGGAAGAAGUGAAAAGAAUGGAAGAGAUAGAAAGACUAGAUGAGAUAAAAAGACUGGAAGAAUUAAAACAACUGGAGGAAAAAAGGCUGGAAGAAAUGAAGAUACUGGCGCAAUUGAGAAAAUUAGAAGAAUUAAAAAAAGUGGAAGAAAUGGGAGAGGACAAUCGAUUAGGACUGUUAGAACUUUUAGGUGAAAAAAAGGAAGGCACAGAAAUGAAAAAACGAGAAGAAGAACAAAGUCUAGGAAAUGUAAAAGAAAAGGACUUAUUCAGUAAUUUUUUAAAAAAAAUAUAUAGAGCAAAUCCGUUGUCCUAUUAUUACUUAAAGGAAGAUAGGGAUAAAAUUGGAAAAUUAAUAAGCGACAAAGAAAAAGAAGCAGAUGAAGAAAUGAAGUCAAAUUUGUUAGACACAUUAGAAAAGGAAAAGCAACAAAGAAACAGAGAAAGUGCCAAUUAUUUUAGCACAAAAAAUAAUUUAAUUAUUGAUGGAAAAAAAGAAGAUAAGGAUGAAUACGACCAUAAGGAUGAGGAUGGAUACGAAGAUAACGACCAAAAUGUGAAAGAAGAGGACAAAAAUAUAAAAAAGAAAAUCAUGCCCAACUUAUCUUGCACAAAAAAUUAUGACAUUUUUGAUCAACUAGAAAAACAAAGGAAAAGAAUUUUUCGGGAAAAAAAGGCUAGCAGUAAAAUCAGUUCAAACAAAGUUGGUAACAGGAAUUUGUUAAAAAAUACGUACAUGAACAAUUCGCUGAUAAUAAGCAGUCUCAAAAAUAAGAAGCAGGAGAAGCCACAGGAAGUGUUCCAGAGAGAGGAGCAGCAGGAGAAGCCACAGGAAGUGUUCCAGAGAGAGGAGCAGCAGGAGAAGCCACAGGAAGUGUUCCAGAGAGAGGAGCAGCAGGAGAAGCCACAGGAAAUGUUCCAGAGAGAGGAGCAGCAGGGGGGGAAAAUACAGCGGAAGCAGAUGCAGGAAGAGAAGAAAAAAAUGUUACUGAGGAUGAGGAAUAGAAAUUUAAAGUACAACAGUUUGCAAGGGGAAAAUUUGCGUCAUUUUAUGGAAAAAAAUUUAGGAAAUAACAUAUCGGUAUCAGACAAUGAGGAUAACAUAUAUGGCACUAAUGAUGACGAGCAUGAUGUACAUAAUGUACAUGAUGUAUAUGAUGUACAUGAUGUAUAUGAUGUACAUGAUGUAUAUGAUGUACAUAAUGUAUAUGAUGUACAUAAUGUACAUGGUGUAUAUGAUGUAAAUGAUGUAUAUGAUGCACAUGGUGUACAUGAUACACAUGGUGUAUAUAAUUUACAUAACCCAUAUGUCGCACAUAACGUGAACGAUUCACAUGAUGAUAUUUUUUUGACAGAAACAGAAGAGUCAUUUUUAAAAAUUGACGAGAGUGAUAUAUCAAACUCACAUAUAUUUAAAACACACAUAUAUAAAGAAUCCUACAACAAUAAGGGAAAGGAUGGUGAUCGAGAUAUUAGAGAAUACUUCAAGAACAACUAUGAGUCUUCAGAUAUAAGAAAUGAUUCCCUUUAUCCUGAAAACUUUACACUAUCAGAUGAAAUAAAUAAUAUCAGUAGUUCUAAUGCUUAUAAACAUAGUGGUUGGACAUAUGACGAGCUACUGAAAAGUUAUGAAAAAGAAAUUAAUAUAAAUAGAAACCUAAAGAAUUACAGAAAUGAAGAAAUGAAAAACAAAUAUCCAUAUUUGGGGUAUUAUAAGGAUGAUUUAUCAAAAAAUAGUGAAGAGGCUCAUUUUGAUUUUGAAAAGAAAAAAAGUGAAUAUGAAAAGAAAAAUUUUUACAAUAUAGAUAGGUAUAAUUUAUAUGACAAUAAUAUCUUAACAAGUAGGGAUUCAAUAAAAGCUGAGGAAAAAAAUUUUUCGAAUUUUGAUUCUUUAAAGGGUUCAUCUUCAUAUUAUUAUUAUUAUUAUAAAAAAGGGGACCCUUUUACUAAUUAUUCCUUUGAAAAAAUGAGGAGUGAAAAUUAUCAUUAUGUAAAGGGGACUGUGGCGGGGGAAGGAAGCUCUAACCUCAAAUUUGAUUACAACGAUGGUGGUAAUAAUGCCAUUGGCGGUUCUAAUGACCUUGGAAGUAGUAGUGCCAUCGAUAGUAAUAACUACAUUGACGGUAGUAACAACAUUGAUGGUAGUAACAACAUUGAUGGUAGUAAUAACAUUGAUGGUAGUAACAACAUUGAUGGUAGUAAUAACAUUGAUGGUAGUAAUAACAUUGGUUGUAACGGAAGAGGUGAUCAUAACGAUCAUGGGGAUAUACUCACGAAAAUUAUGAACAAUUUAAAUGGUUUAAACAACAAAAUAAAAUCCAUAGAACUUAAUUUCAAUAAUGAUAAGUAUGAAAAAAAUAUUUCCGAUAUAUAUAAUACAGACGAUUUUAAAAAAGAUGAGGAUUUAUAUUCUUACUCAAAUUAUCAAAGUAACGGUCUGGUAAAUAUAAACAUGCAUAAUAGUUAUAAGGACAUGCAUUCGCGUUAUUACGUUUAA